CUCUGCUGAACGCAGUCAGUCAGACUGAGGCGUUGAACAGAGGGAACCGCCGCCACCGGAAAAAUCCGCCCGCGCCGAGCUGCCGAUGGCCUCCGACUCCUCCCCGCCGGCGGCGGAGGGUCCGGGGGAUAAGCUGGCGGUGUUCUGGCACGAGGGCAUGCUGGCCCACGACGCCGGCCGCGGCGUCUUCGACUCAGGUCGCGACCCGGGUUUCCUGGACGUGCUCGACCAGCACCCGGAGAACGCCGACCGCGUCCGCAACAUGGUCUCCAUCCUCCGCCGCGGGCCCAUCGCGCCCUUUCUCUCCUGGCACUCCGGCCGCCCCGCCCACGCCUCCGAGCUCCUCUCCUUCCACUCCUCAGAAUACAUAGAGGAGCUCGUGCAGGCGAACGCCACCGGAGCCAAGAAGUUCUGCGAGGGCACGUUUUUGAACCCCGGUUCCUGGGGCGCUGCGCUUCUGGCGGCCGGAACCACGCUCUCCGCGGUGAAGCAUAUACUAGACGGGCACGGGAACCUGGCCUACGCGUUGGUCCGCCCCCCUGGCCAUCACGCGCAGCCCAACCGUGCUGAUGGCUACUGCUUUCUGAACAAUGCUGGGCUUGCUGUGCACUUGGCUCUGGAUAGCGGGCGCUCAAAGGUUGCAGUAGUCGAUAUUGAUGUUCACUAUGGGAAUGGUACAGCAGAGGGCUUCUAUCGCAUGGACAAUGUGCUUACGAUUUCUCUUCACAUGAGGCAUGGGUCAUGGGGUCCAUCGCAUCCGCAGAGUGGCUCUGUCGAUGAGAUUGGUGAAGGCAAGGGGCUUGGGUACAAUCUCAAUAUACCUUUGCCUAAUGGAAGUGGAGAUGCUGGGUAUGAAUAUGCUAUGAAUGAGUUGGUUGUUCCGGCAAUUGAUAAGUUUCAGCCUCAACUUCUGGUUUUUGUAGUCGGUCAAGAUUCUAGUGCGUUUGAUCCCAAUGGAAGGCAAUGCUUGACCAUGGAAGGCUAUAGGAAAAUUGGGCAAAUAAUGCGGAGCAUGGCUGAUCAACAUAGCAAUGGGCAAAUAUUGAUUGUCCAGGAAGGGGGUUACCACAUUAGUUACUCAGCAUACUGUCUGCAUGCAACACUGGAAGGUGUUUUGGAUCUGGAUGCCCCACUGCUGGAUGACCCGAUAGCUUACUAUCCAGAGGAUGAGAGAUACACUAUGAAAGUUGUUGACAUGAUCAAGAAUACCUGGAAAGAAUCGGUCCCUUUCCUGAAGGACAUCUAGCAAUCACGUUUCCCUCAAGUUCAAAUCGUUUACUCUCUGCAUCCAUGGUCUUCUAUUGGAACUAGAACAAUAUUGCACAUUGCAUUGUACAUUUAUAGGCCUUUUAUGAACCCCGAUCCCCUUGCACUGUUGCACAAGACAGAUCAAUGUUCUUGCACCAUGGUUUGCCAUGUCAAAUACAGCAUUGUUUGUUCAGUUUCA